AUGUCUCGAGAGACUGGCAGUGAAGCGCAGCAGUCGCAGAGUGGUCCCAGUUCCUCUUCCAGUGGGUCACAGAGCACCAGUCAGUCUUCCUCGAGUUCUGGGACCCUCAGUUCUUUGGACACUGUUCCCACUCAGGAGCUUCCACCAAUCCCGGAGGACCAAGAAUCUGAAGAGCUUGUUUCUCAGCCCUGGGGUCGACUCUUUGCACUUGGAAAAGGUUUCAGCAACUGUGACUGUGUGAAUGAUGAGUACUGGUUUGGAAGAGACAAAAGCUGUGAUUAUAGUUUUUCUAAGCUAGGAUUGUCCGAGACUGGCUUCUACCAGAACUACAGCAAGAAGCAUUUCCGAAUUUUCAGGGAAAUGGGUCCAAAGAACUCCUAUGUUGCCUACAUUGAAGACCACAGUGCGAAUGGAACUUUUGUUAAUAGAGAGCUUGUUGGAAAAGGGAGAAGGCUUCCACUGACUCACAAUUCUGAAAUUGCACUGUCUGUACAGAAUAAUAAAGUGUUUGUAUUUUCUGACCUUACGGUGGAUGAUCAGUUGGUAUUUCCUAGAGAAUUCAGAGAGAAAUAUAUCAUGUCAAAGACUUUGGGAAGUGGUGCCUGUGGAGAAGUCAAACUGGCGUUUGAGAAGAGCACUUGUAACAAAGUUGCCGUAAAGAUAAUCAAUAAGCGGAAGUUUAUGGCCAGUGGUGUUGCGGAGGCAAACCCAGCUUUUAAUAUCAAUACAGAAAUUGAAAUUUUGAAGAAAAUAGAUCAUCCUUGCUUAAUCAAGAUCAAAAACUUCUUUGAAGCAGAGGAUUAUUACAUUGUUUUGGAAUUGAUGGAGGGAGGAGAAUUGUAUGACAGAGUGUCAAGGCCAAUCAAGAUGAAAGAAGCUACCUGCAAGUUGUAUUUUUAUCAGAUGCUGCUGGCUGUAAAGUAUCUUCAUGACAAUGGAAUUAUACACAGAGAUCUAAAGCCGGAAAAUGUGCUACUUUCUUCUUCUGAAGAGACAUGUCUUAUAAAGAUUACAGAUUUUGGACAAUCCAAGAUUCUUGGAGAAACUUCUCUUAUGAAAACAUUAUGUGGUACUCCCACGUAUCUUGCUCCUGAGGUUCUAAAUUCACUUGGGACUGCUGGAUACAGCCGAGCUGUGGACUGCUGGAGUUUAGGAGUUAUUCUUUUUGUAUGCUUGUGUGGGUAUCCACCAUUUAAUGAGCAAAAUACUCAGCUGUCUCUGAGGGAUCAAAUCACUCGUGGAGAAUACACGUUCAUUUCAAAAGAAUGGAAGCACGUCUCAGACAUGGCUCUGGAUCUUGUGAAGAAACUCUUAGUAGUGGAUCCAAGCAAACGUCUUACAACAGAGGAAGCCUUAGAGCAUCCUUGGCUUCAGGACGAGGAUAUGAAGAGUACAUUUCAACAGCUACUUGCUCAGACCUCUGUCAAUAUGAAUCUGCUGCAAACAUCAAAAAUGCCAACCACAGCAAGAAAGCGUCUCCCUGAAAAUGAGGAAGAAUCUGGCUCUUCUAAGCGUGCUGUUCCUUCUACAUCAGUUCAGAAAAUGAGGUGA